CUAUUCAAAUAAUUUCCCAUGAAAUCAUUUUGUCCAACGCAAUUAAAAUUUAUGAUAUAUUUUAAUUAUAUAAAUUAUAUAUCUUAGAUAUUUAUCGGUAGAUAUAUUAUAUUUAUUUUUAAAUUUAUAUUAAAUACUCACAAAUCAUACCGCGAUUGAUGCUGAUUGGUCGCAAGAUUUAUAUAUAUAUAUAUAAAAUAACAAAAGUAUAUAACUGGAAACGUGUUGGUGCCGGUAAAAAUUUAUAAGAUGAUGGCAAUGAAUAUGAACACACGUGAUGUCCAGAGCUCGUUGAAGGAAGCGCUUUAUGAAACAUUGAGUGGAAUUUUAUCUCCACAUCGGGAUACACGACAUGCAGCUGAGCAGAGGAUCCAAGCAUUGGAAGUUACUGAUGAGUUUGGUAUUCAUUUGACGGAGUUUGUUGUUGAUGUUAAUGGAGCACUGGCAAUAAGACAGCUGUCAUCUGUUUUACUGAAGCAGUAUGUCGAGACCCACUGGUGCUCAGUUGCCGAAAAAUUCCGAGCCCCGGAAAUAAAACCCGCUACGAAAGAAAAAAUAAAAGAGUUACUGCCUCUCGGUCUCCAUGAAUCCAUCAGCAAGGUACGAGUAUCUGUCGCAUACGCAAUAGCUGCCAUCGCUCAUUGGGAUUGGCCUGAAAAUUGGCCAGGUCUUUUUGAUAUCCUGGUAAAUUGUUUAAGUGGCGGGCAAAGUGAGUUCGCUGUCCAUGGAGCAAUGAGAGUACUGAGUGAAUUCACUCGUGAUUUAUCAGAUGAUAAUCUUCCGAAUGUCGGCCCAAUUAUUUUGCAAGAAAUGUACAGAAUUUUCGUUACUGAAACUUAUUCAAUCAGAACACGAGGAAGAGCAGUUGAAAUAUUUACGACAAUAGCAUCACUAGUUGGAUCAACAGGAGUUUAUCACAAAGGGUUUGCUCAAAAUUAUUUGAAACCAGUGAUUCCGAUGUUUUGCGAAAAAUUUGUCGCCUGCUUGAGAGAACAAUCUCCUGAUGGAUCGCCUACGACUUCUACCUGUGAUAUUGGUCUGAAAACAGACAUUAUAAAAGCUAUCAAUUGCUUAGUUACCAAGUUACCUAAAUUUGUUGCGGAAUUUCUGCCCCAAAUAUUGCCGCCGGUGUGGGAUACGCUGACAGGAAGCGCUAAAAUUUAUCAGCAAGAGUCCGUGGCCUCGGAAACAAUGUCGAGGAGAAUGACCAGGGUGCCAUUGAGUCACGAUGACAGCGGGGAAGGUGACGAUGAUCAUGACGGCAAAGAGAACGUUGUCGUAGACUCAGAUGGAGAAAUAAUUAAUUUUAAUAAUUUAAUUAUUGCGACAUUUGAUUUUAUUCACAAUUUAGUUGAUCACAAAAAUUUUUCAAGUUUACUCGUUAAUUCUCUACAAGAAGCGAUGUAUUAUUUGAUAAUAUUUAUGCAAAUAACUAACGAACAAGUUGAAUUGUGGACUGCUAAUCCUAGUCAAUUUGUCGAAGAAGAGGAGCAAGCAGUAUUUUCAUACAAUGUCCGUAUAUCUGCUAUGGAUCUUUUGACGGCUCUGGUCGGUCAUUCAGAAGACGCGUCAAUAAAUGCUCUCUGUCAAGUCAUAACAAGACAUAUUGAGGCUGUAAAUGUAAUGCAAGGUUGGAACAGAAAUGUUCAACAAAGUAACGGCGUCCAUGAUAACACCUCAGCAUUGUCAUCAUCAUCGUCUCCAUCGUCGUCAUGGAAAAUAUGCGAGUCAGCAAUUCUGGCUCUGAGUGUAGCGAAAGAUCAAGUAAUUGAACAAAUGCAAGAGGGCACACUACGUUUUGAUCUCAUUGCAUUUUUAAAUACUGUUAUUUUAGAUGGAAUCCUUAAUGACCCAAACGCUCAUCCUUAUCUCAUCGGUCGCUGUCUAUGCCUCGGUGGCCGGUACGCUCAUCAAAUUCCGCCGGAAUUAAGCUCCCGGUUUUUAGAGGCAGCUGUCGUUGGUUUACCAGAAAAUCAGCUGCUGUGCAUUCGCAUAAGUUCUAUAAAAGCAGUCUACUGGUUUUGCGAAGCUGCUAUCGAUACCAACACACUGAUGACUCGUGAUGUCAUACGGCCGCAUCUACCUGUGAUAUUUCAAGAGCUCUUUGGAUUUGUGAAUCAAGCUUCCACUGAAAUACUUACACUCAUAAUGGAAACAUUUUCUAUUUUAAUUGCAGUAGAUAAAGAUUUCACGGCUAGCGUGGAAAGUAAAAUAUGCCCACUAACAAUAGCAGUAUUUCUUAAAUUUCAAAGCGAUCUUGAGAUUUUAUCUCUAUGCCAAGAUAUAUUUAAAGAACUGACUGAGAAUCCUCAGUGUAUAGGUCCACUGCAAACUCGAUUGGUCCCAACUUUAGUCAGCAUGAUGACUGUAAAUCCACUUGGAAAAUGCACCGAUGAGGGUACUCGAGGUGUAGCUCUGGAUGUUUUACAAGUUCUUGUAAAAUCUUCACCUCAGCCAUUGCACAAUAGUUUAGUGGAAACAGCGUUUCCAGCAGCGUGUCACUGUAUUAUUAAUUCUGAUGACAAUGGUAUACUACAAAGUGGCGGUGAAUUAAUUCGCACUUAUUUGUCUGUUGGCGCAAGACAAAUAAUUGAUCAUCGAGACAGUGAAGGUCGCACGGGAUUACAAUUUGUGUUACAAAUAGUCGCCCAACUACUAAAUCCUCAGUCAAGUGAAUUUACUGCAACGUUUGUCGGCCGUCUAGUUAUAACACUCAUUAAAAAAGUUGGAAAUAAUUUAGGGGAGAAUUUAGAUUUAUUACUUAAAGCAGUACUCAGUAAAAUGCAACGGGCUGAAACGUUAACAGUCAUGCAAAGUCUGAUAAUGGUUUAUGCUCAUCUACUGAAUGCUGAAUUUGAUGCGGUGCUAAAUUUCUUGUCUACUGUUCCCGGACCAACUGGAGAAAGCGCUUUAGCUUUUGUUUUAACUGAAUGGGUACAAAGACAACAGUCAUUUUUUGGUACUUAUGUUAGGAAAGUAACUGUCGUCGCUCUGUCAAAAAUACUCGAACACGGGGUAACGCGACCUGAUGAUUACAGACUUAAUGAGAUAACUGUCAGAGGCGAUCAAGUAUUUGCGGCAAAUGAUGAUGUAAUUAGAACAAGAAGUAAAGCGCAAUCGCAGCCGUACCAGUGGACGACGAUACCAGUACUCGUUAAAAUAUUUAAAUUAAUAAUUAAUGAGUUGUCAAAUAAUAUUGAAGCUGAUUACGGUGGCAUUGGGGACGAGGACGAGACUCAAGAUAUUGAGGACUCUGAGGAAGAGGAAGACAGAGAAGAUGGAACGGCAGUCGACGAUGGCGGAAAUGUAUAUAUUGAUCCUGGUGAUGAGUCUUAUUUAAUGAGAAUGUUGGAUGACGACAAAACACUCGAAGAGGAAACAGAUUCAGAUCUUCUUGAAGAUUCAAUUUAUCAUUUGAAUCUGAAUAAUUAUUUACGCGAUUUUCUAACAAAUUUUUCACAACAUCACUGUUUUCCGGUUUACAUACAACAUUUAAAUUCAAUGGAACGAAAAAUUCUCACGAGCCUCAAUAUCAUCAGCUCGCCAUGCAUUUAA